ACCGCGCUUUCUGCACACAAAUCCACCGAUUCCCAGGAAGUGGACCGUGGUUUUGGAGAAAUGCGAGCCCGGCUCGAGCCGCUCGGCUCCCCGCUGCCUCUUUGAUUCGGACGUCCCCUGCGCCCCCCAGGCCCUCCGACCUCACUUCCAGAAGAACCAAGAAGGCGACGGACAGCAUCCAUGGAGGACAAACGCAAGAAGCGGAGCCCCAAGGUGUCGCUCCCGCAGCCCCCGCCGCCUCCCAUCAACCCCCGCAAGCUGUCCGUCAUGCCCGCCAGCAAGAGCGCCACCUUCUCCCUCGGCCUGCCGCAGCCCCCCUCCCCCAAGAACAGGGGCAAGUUCAAGCGGUCGGUGGGGGCCCCCGGGCAGCCCAAAGAGGUGUUCGCCGCCGUCGUGGCCCCCCCGAAGACCACCAGACCCCAUAAGGAGAAGCCCAAGGCCCCCCAGCCGGCAGGGCCCAGCAAGGUGGUCCAGUCGUCCCCCCUGCAGCACUCCUUCCUCACAGACGUCUCCGACGUGAGAGAGAUGGAGGGAGGCCUGCUCAACCUGCUCAAUGACUUCCACUCAGGCAAACUGCAGGCUUUCGGUAAGGUGUGCUCCUUCGAGCAGCUGGAGCACGUGCGCGAGAUGCAGGAGAAGCUGGCGCGCCUCCACUUCAGCCUGGACAGCCACGUGGAGGAGCUCUCCGAGGACCAGAGGAAGUGCGCCACCGACCACAACCUGGAGCACCUGCUCUGCAACCUGGAGGAGCUCAGCACAUCCAUACAAAAGCUCCACCUGGCCGAGAACCAGGACCUGCCCAAGACAUCUGGCCCCUGACGGACCGCGGCGUGCUGGACGGCGAGCGGCCGCCCACCGCCUCGCAGCGUGUGAGGAGUAGGAGCUGCCAUGGCCGCCGUCCAGCUGCCUCAGCAACAGAAUGGAAAGAGAGCAGCAGCAGCAGCAGCAGCAGCAGGAGGAGGGGGGGCUGCUGGGGGGAGUUUGAUUUUUUUGUUGUUUUUUCCAUGAGCUGUGUCGAGGGAGCAGAGAGUCAGAGCAUCCAAAAUCAUAAAGUGAAAACAAAGAAAAGCCUGGAUGGGUAACGGAGUCAGGAAUGCGUUUUAUCUUGAAGGUUUGGAGCUUUUCUGUGGGCGGCUGCGAGCUUGGCUUCAGUCGGCGUUACAUCAUUUGUUAAUGAAUAACUGACUCCGACCCAGACCGUUUCUGGCCGUUUCCAUGACCAAAAGCACAUUUCUUUCCACAGUUUAACAUCUCCGGUUUGCUUUUUUACUUCAGAUGAUCACGAUUGAAGUUCUAUCUGUAGCAAACCUGUUUAUUUAUUGACUAAUACCACUGUGGUGAUCUCACGUGUGUGAGAGGAGCUUUGCUAUAUAAACUCUCUGGUUUUAUAGAAGAAUUUGUUAUUGGAAAACAAGACUGGAUUCAACAAAAGCUGGAACUUUCUCAUGUUGUGGGGAUUUGUUUGGACUUUGUGACGUGACCUGAUGUAAAAAAUGUGUUUAUCUUCUGUAUAAAAAGCUAAUGUUGCGUUUUGUUUGCAGUUCAGCUACUCAAAAUGGUUCCCAACCUGUUUUUUUUUUUUUUUUUUUUGUCUCUCUCACCUUCUGGUCUCAGACCACACAGAGCUUUGUGUCGUCCCAAGAGGGCCGCGGACCUCAGGUUGGAAACCACUGAUCUGUAUGUUUACAGGGCUGAAGCAGCUUCUCUACAAGCACAACUCUUCUGAAAAAGUAAAAUGGCCUACUGCUCCGUGUGUGCUCGAUCCUGUUGGCUCUCGUCGUGCAGCUUCACGCGCGUCUCUCUCUCCAGACAGGAAAUGGCAGCUACUUUCUCCGUCCAAACUUAUUUGUGUUGGACCGGAUUCUAUUUUUGCUCGACAUGAAGCAUCAAAGCAUUACAAAGUGUUUGUGCUUUCAGUGAAUAAAGUCCU